UACUAGUAUCUAUCACUUUUACAGAAAUCUAGAUUGUGUAAAGAUUCCAUCGCAUGGAAUAUUAUUAACAUUCAAUGCUCAUGGUGAAAUAAUAAUGAUUUUUAAAGAAAACGAAUGAUAUAAAAAGGACCUUUUCACAGAUUUUGGUGUAUCGUCUGUAGAAUACAUCUAUGGACGUGUGGAACGAUGACAUGGAAGCUAAGCAACCGGUGGAGAUCACGUGUCUAGCUUGUGGCCAGGAAGGGACGCCCACGAAGGCGACGAACUACUGCGUGGAGUGUGAAAGCCCAUAUUGUGAGACUUGCUUGAAAACGCACAGCCGCUUCCCUUCUAUGAGAACACACACAGUUUUGAAUGAGACUGAUAGGAACAAGUGGAAUGCGAAGAUGUCGAAUAAAAUCACGUCCAUGUGCUCAAUACAUACAGGAAAGCCAGUAGACAUGUUCUGUAAAGACCAUGACCAAGUGGCAUGCAGUGCAUGCAUAGCUGUAUAUCACAGAUCCUGUUGCUCUGUGAAGUAUGUCCCAAACAUUUCAACUGGGACAAGAGAAGGCAAAGAAUAUCGUGAUGUUAUCCACUCCCUCAAAUCAUUUUUAGAUUCAUUAACGAAGUCUAAGUCAUCCCGACAUGCCGUUUUAUGCCAAAAGCAACUCGACCAUGAAGCAAUGGUGAAACAAAUUGACUACCACAAAGACUGUCUUCUACAGCACAUUAAUGUAUUAGCAGAGAAAUCCAAAGCGACUCUCCGUUUACAAUUGUCCAAAACACAAAAAGACAUUGGUCAUGAAAUCGGAAAGAUUGAGUCACUUAUUGCCGAACAAAGUGCUGUUCUCAAGAAACUUAUUAAUGAUGCGAAUGAAGCGCAACUUUUUAUUGAAAUGAAGAAAACAAAAUUCAGACAGAAACACAUCAUUAGUUCUUCAGUUGAUAUUUUAAAGCCUCCAAUUGUAUCAUUUAGUGUUUGCUUUGUUGAUGCAAAUUUGCUAUCUUGUUCAGCCAUUGCAAAAAUUCAAACAUCAAAGGUAGCGAAGACAGGUCUUGUGAAUAAGAUUAAUGUGAAGAUGCGAACAGAUAGGUCUGUUCCAGAUAUAGUAGGCAUACUUACGAUGAACAGUGGUAACAUUCUUGUUCUCGACAACAGCAACAAAAAACUGAAGCUUCUAGACUAUAUGUUCAACCUGACGCACGACCUUUUACUCACGGAUUAUGUAACUGGAUUAACGGGUAUUUCCGACACAAAAGUAGCUGUUUCCGUUAAGAAUUUGAAGAAAAUUCAUAUCAUUGAAGUUUCACCGGUUCUUACCAUCAAGGAGUCAUUUUCAACUGAACAGGUUUGCCACGGUAUUUGUUUUGAUUCGCAAAAUGACGACCUGUAUGUUUGUUGUGGAGGAAACACUUUUAAUGAAAAUACACCCGGUAGAGUGACUGUGUUUAGUACUAAAGGAGUAAUGAAAAGAGAAAUGCCUAUAAACCAUGGUAAAACCUUAUCAUCUACCCCCGUGAAUGUAACUUUUUCAUAUAAAUCUAAAUGUCUUUAUGUAUGUGACAAAGGAUAUGGUAUCAUUGCCCUGUCAGCUGACGGACGCACGCUUUGGGCGUUUACAGAGCUUGCUGAGCCAUGGGGUUUAUAUUUGCUUCCAGACGAAGAGCUGCUUAUUUGCGGCCCUUCAUCAAAAAAGGUUUUGCGACUUAUACAUAACGGCAAACAUGUAGAAAUCAUACAAACAUAUGACGAUGUUAUACACACGCCCAGUUCACUGUUUUAUGACCAAAAAUCAUCACGCUUGUUUAUAGGGCAAUAUGAUAACAAUAUACUACAGUACCCCUUAACAUUUGUGGAUUGAAUAUAUUUAUAUAUUUUAUUACUAGAGGACUUAGUUCGUGAAAAAUUCUUGACCAUUUAUACAUGUGACACAAUUGAGAUGUCGUGUUACCAAUGCAAUGUGUAUUAUGUUCUCCAUCAAAGAUUUCGUUGUCUUUCGGUUGUAAUAUUGCAUUUUCGGCCAUAGGAAAUAAUGGUCGGUUACGAAGAUGUUUAAGUGCAUCAAAAUAUUGCUUACGCUUGAUAAACACCCGGAUCUUCUCAUAAAUUGUUCAGCUAUGAUCCUUGAAUAAUCUUUAAUACGCUUUUUUCGCAGUCAGCAUUUUCAUGCGUCCGAUAAAAACGUGAUUUAAAUGUCCCAGAUCGGAAUAAGUUUCUAGAAUCAUGAUGAAGAGAAAUUAUUUAUGAGCGUUGUAGUUUUUCUUUACUAAACAUGGCAAACCUCUUCCAAUUAAAUACUCCUCAAUAAAUCCUUCAAUAUUUAUUAAGAGCAUAUUUAAAAAGUGCAUUUUAAAUAUGUUUGUUACAGACAUUUAAAUUGAUCAUUAUGAAAUAUUAUGUAUAUAAAAAUAAUUUUCAUCACUAAUCAAGUUUUAUUGCGAUUUGAAUGUAAAUGUUAUAGAUACAUUGAAAUAGCAAAACCAAAAGCCAUAUACAAAUAACAGUGUGCGUGUAUGAAAUACAUAUGAAUAUCGCUGCAUUAAUUAAUGCAUUAUUUAAUGCAUAUUUUUUGUAGCACAAUGUUUGUAAAAAUGUGUUAGUAUGUCGACGGAAUAUAUAUGCAUGCACAAAAUAUAUUUGAUUUUAGUAUAUGUAUUGUACUAUCUGCAAUGUCUAAAUAUUUUAGACAAUAAUGAUAUUAUAUUAAUUAUAUUGGCCUAACUUUCAUUAACACCAUUUUAUGUUAACCUAUAUAUUUGAUUAACCAAUAUGCUUUAUUCUGUGUUAAGUUUGUUUUAAUGUCCUUUUGUCUAGCGGUAGUAUGUACUUUUUCAGAAUAUCAUGUAAGCGCUUAUAUAAAAGGACAAAUACAACAUGUAAUGUA